AAUUAAUGUUAUAUUUUUUCUUCUUCAAAGUUUAGAUAUAUAGUAUAUAUAGUAUCAUAUAUAUUCCUUAAACCCCUGAAAUUAAAUAGAGUUACUUUAAAACAUGUCAAAAAUAAAAUAUACAGUGUCAAGGUUACUCGCUCUCGGUGGUUUAACAGCUGCGUCUGGUUCAACUUACGCAUUUUAUCGGUACUCAUUGCUUGGCGAAACACCAACUGCGGACUGUAGAGCAGGAUUAAAAUAUGGCGUGAAAGAAAAUGAUUCAUUUUUCGGAAAACUCACAGACUGGGACGAUAACUGGGAUGCUAGAAAAAAUUACUACAAAAAAAACAAAGAUGCAGAGCCACAGAUACCAGUGUUGGACAAUAAUACUGAUAAAGCUGUUCCCACACCUGUCACACCAGCAGUUAAGGGACCAACAGCCACUAGACAUGUGAUUCUAAUUCGACAUGGGCAAUAUAAUCAAAAUUCAAGUAAUGAUGCUGAGAGAACUCUCACUGCACUCGGAAGGCAACAGGCACUGGCAACUGGUGAACGGUUAAAAGCGUUAAAUAUAAAGUUUGAUAAGUUAACUAUGUCAACCAUGACGCGUGCUCAAGAAACAGCUGAUAUAAUUAGCAAAUCGUUUCCCAAUAUUCCACAAUCUGAAUGUUCAAUGCUGCGAGAGGGUGCACCCUAUCCGUGUGAACCAGCACCAUCAAAAUGGAGACCGGAGAAUCAUAAGUUUUUUCAAGACAAUGCGAGGAUAGAAGGUGCAUUCCGAAAAUAUAUCCAUCGUGCAGAUCCUUCACAAACAGAAGAUAGUCACGAACUGAUCGUGUGUCAUGCGAAUGUCAUACGCUAUUUUGUUUGCAGAGCGUUACAAUUUCCACCAGAAGGUUGGCUGCGGAUGAGUAUCGGUAACUGUGGUGUGACGUGGUUAACUAUACGACCGAGUGGCAACGUGUCUUUACGAGGGCUUGGCGAUACCGGUCAUUUACCGCCUGAUCACGUAACGUUCAAAUAAUUUCGUUGUUAUCGGAAAUGUUGCGUUUUUUAAAGAAUUACCAAACUCAUACUGCAGAGAACAUACAGUGUAAUUAAAUUAUAUUAGUCAAACAGCAGCUUGGAAUUCCAUUAGAUGGAUCUAAUCAGAUGCGUGGAUUCUAUUAGAUGGGUAUAGUUAAUGAUCCAAUCAGACAUGGAUUUUGUUAGAUGGAUGCAAUUAGCCAAUAAUAUGCAUCAAUUCUAUUAUAUGGGUUUAAUUAACCAAUGAGCUGCGCGAUUAGUCAUUUCAACUUGCGUUUUAUCAAUAAUGUUAAAAAAAUAUUUGCCAUAUUAAUGUGUGUUGUACCUCACCUAACGUGUAUAUAUUUUUUUAUAAUUUUCACGUUUUGUUUUGCUGACCUAUUGUAGAAACAUUUGAAGUGUUUAAUUUAGACAGUCGCGGCUUCAAAUUUAUAAAAAAAUCCACAGUUAAGGUAACGCAGGGAACUGUGCACUGAGUACACAGUUCCCUGCGAACUCACCGUAUUAUGACAUGACCUUUGCGUUUAUUGCUCACAUUAUACCUUAAAAUACUUUUUUUAUAUUUGGAUACGAUGUAGAAAAACACGUGGUCCUAGAAUAACCUUGAAACAUGCCCAUAUCGUCUUGCUACGACGAUAAAUGCUUGCUGUAUAUGAUAAAAAUGGGCCGCGCCGCAGAACUCUUUUUUUGUUUGAAUUUUACUUCAACUCAUAUAUGUGUUUUGAAUGGUCGUGAGGUUUUUGUGUAAAUAUUGUUAAAUAGAAUAGCUAGUACGUAUGUGAAGUUUUUUAAAAGAACUCUGUUAUAACUAUUUUA